UGUAAUUCAGUUCGUUUUAGGCCUGUAACCAGGAUUGGGGUUGAAGGGAGGAAUAGGCAGAUUUCAAAGCAGAAUUUCGACAAGGGAGACUGAAACUCAUUCCCAGCUCCAGCUGGCCUGGUGGAGGACUUGUGGGGAGAAGCCGAGGGCAGCACCUGACAGGAGAGAAGGGGACCGAUUGGCCACAGGAGGCGUCCCGCGGGCAAGCUGGGGUGAACAGCCUGCCGAGCAGCAGGUGCCCAGCCAGCCAGAGGGAACUGCAGGGACUUUCAUUUCCUCCCUUUCAGCUUUGGACUUUUGUCAGGAGCUAUAUCUCACUCCUAUUCUAAGCAAAAAUAAUUAAGACCAACUGAUCAUUAAAACACCCUUUCUCCACUUAAAAAAAAAAAAAGCGAGAAACUUCAUUUCAAGGGGCUGUUCCCUCCGUGAAGUGGCGGCAAGCUGUGCUUCAGCAGCACCCUUCUCCUCGGAUCAGGCUCUGCAGACGUGUAUUCCACCUUCAGCAAGUAGGGCACCCCUCUGCUUGUGCGACUGCCCCACCGGCCUAGGGCAUUGGGAAUCUUGUUCAGAAGACAGAGGCAAAGCCAUAUUCAGCCUUGUGGAAUUACUAGCACCCAGCAGCAAACUGCAGAAGACAAAGAGGGAUAGCAGAUGGCUUCACGGAGUGACUGGUGAAUGGUUUGAAGAAAUUCAAAGAAAAAAGUUUUGCAAUGAAAGAGAUGUUAGCCAAAUGUUGAAACAACCACUUACACACAGGCUGAGGAAGGGGAUGGCAGAAAACGAUCCCAUGGAAUUACAAACAUCAAGAUCUAAAAAUACACCUAAUCAACGAAACCCAAUAUCCAUUCCUUUUCGGCUAAGCUUCAGAUCAUCAUUUGCUUCCCUGUUCUCAUUCAGGAAAUCCAGAAAGGAGCCUUCAAAACCUCAAACUCCAGGACAGAGAGGAUGUGACGGCCACACACCUCCUAUGUCUGUGAGGGGAACCACUUUGCAGGCAAAAAUAAACAAUUCUUCUCUGGAAAAUCAACCCGUUGACAGUGCAUUUGUCCCCAAGCCAGCCAGUAUGAGGGAAGGAAGCGGUGUGCCUCCGUGGGAUGCUUCAAGGCUAGAGGAUGAGUUUUUCCAAGUUUUAGAUGAUUUGGAUAGCAAACUGGCUCAGGAACAAUCUUCAAGCUCAGUGAACAUCAGAACACCUCUCAACUAUGGAUCAAGGACACAGUUCAGUCCUUUUUACUCCAGUGAGAACAGGCACGGCACUCUCACAGGAAGGCACAGAAACUGCUAUAAUGAAACUUCGAAUAUGUCUAUCUAUGAUGUCUUAAGACCGAGAACCCCUCAGGAAGGUUUUAAAACCUUUUCUCCUCGAACAAGGACAAUUUAUGAUAUGUACAGGACAAGGGAGCCCAGAGUCUUAAAAGAAGAUUACAUGCAAAGGAAUACUUUUGGUAGUACUUCUCUGUGUUUCAACAGCAGGCAGCAAUCAGCCUCACCAGCUGCAGGGUAUUUCACAGCAAGAAGCUUACAUUUUCCAGCCUCAACUCAGAACAAGAGUGGGUUUAUACCACCAAGUCAUCAACAGAGCCCAAAGAGAACUCCUUUAUCAUCUAUUGUGUGGAACAGAUCAGAUUCUUCUAGAGACUGGCAGAACCAGGAAGAAUUCCCAAGGGCACCAUCACCAAUGGAAAUUGACCCUGCUGACCAGUCUUUGUACCCCAGGUGUUUUCAGGAUAAUAGGAAAUAUGAAUUUUACCAUGCACAGAGUAUUUAUCAGACUGUUGGUUUCAGUGCCCGGAUAGAUAAUGCAAUGAGUCCUGACCCAUUUGAGAACUCGGAGAAUAUGCCAUUCUACCAUGAAGAUAACCCAUUUACUAGAUCUUUCUUUAGCAAUACCUUUGGACGAAGCAGGGAGCAGAGACUUGGACAAAGUCCUUUUUGGGGCCAACAGGAAGAGUAUUCUUCCUGGUCUGACUUUCAUCAAAGGAGGAAACCAUUCACUUCAUCUGACAGAGACUUUGAAACAAUCUCCAUUGAAGCAAAUAACGCAUUUGCUGGUCAUGGCCAUAAUAUUCCUUCUCAGCACUGGGCAUCAUUUUCUCCUAGUUACAGAACAAAUAUCUCCAGAAACCAAGAGGAGCCACCUCCCUGGCAGUGUGAAUCGCAGACAUCCAUACUGGAGAGCAUGGAGAGGUCACAGGUGAAUAGGAACCAGUCUGUACAUUUCAACACACCAGAUGUUUGCUCCAGGACUGAUUCAAGCUAUCACAUCACAUCUGGUGGGUUAGAAUGUCAACAGGACAGUUCUAUAGAAACACAUAUAAACAAAGAAGCUUACCCACUUGGAAUUGCUCAGACUCUAGCAUCCUCAUUCAAAACUACCUUCCCACAGAUUCCUGAUGACAGAGGGAAUCCUCAGAGUCCCAGCUUUCAGAAUCCCACUGUCACUUUGCAUACAAGUAAGCCUGCCUCUCUUCCAAUAAGAAGCUCCACAGAAGUCACUGUAACCAACAGUGACUCAGUUGGACCUCCACCUCUUAUUGAAAGCCAGCCCAAUAGCUUUGUCACAGAAGUGAAUAAUGAGAAAAACUUGAAUGAAUCUAUUUUGGAAAAAGACAAACAACUGAACAAGAUGGACCAGACAAACAUGACAGAUGAAAUACCCCAACUUGUUUCACAGACAAUAAUGUCUAACCUUUUACCUGAUUUUCAAAAUCCCCUCUCCCAGGACGCAGCCAAGAGUAGCAGACUUGUUUUUAAUGCAUCUACCACAGUAAGCUCAAAAAAGCUUCCUGGAGUCAUUUCCAAGAGAGAUCUCUCCAAAAUUCAUAAAGUCGAUGAAUUAAAAAAAGAUAAGAGUUAUACUGGAAACAGAAAACUUGGCUCAGCAUUCACUCAGGAAAGCAGAACAAUAGCACCUUCUCCCAGCCCAAGUCAGGCUUGUCCCCAGGAGUUAAUGGUAAGUAAUGAUGAUAUUUCAAGCAUUAUUAAAAACAACCGCUGGAGUUCUGAACAUACUGAUAAUCAAAACACACAGUCUCCAGAAAAGCCUGCUGCUUUAGAUACCAAGAAAGAACAAUGUACCACAACUUAUUCUACCAACCAUAGCAAGUUAGCUGCUCACAGCAAUAUGCCACAUGAUUCUUUAGAUCUGCCAUCAGGUACACUCCCAGACUCCUCACCAUCAUAUGCUCCUUGCCUUGAUACUCUGCUGACUCCUUCUACUACAGUGUUCUCCUGGAAAUGUCCUUCAGGCAAAGAUCCAUUUCUGGGAGAAAGAGAAGAAAAGGAUAUUGAUAGCAAGAACCAAAAUAGUCAGUUUUCGCUAAGCCUCUCAGAAAACAAAAAGAGUAAUGAUAAGUGUGUGCCUGUAUAUAAUGAAGUGGUGGAGGCUGUCAAAUGCCAUUCACACCUGCCUUUCAGGGAUGGAAAGGGAAAAGGAAAAAUAAGACGACGUACAUCCUGUAUUGAAAAGUUAAGCAAAACGGAAAGUCGAUCAUCAUCUACAAGUGACAGCAGUCACCUCACUGAAGGGACUCAAAGCAAUUCCAAGGCUCCUGAGCCUCACACAAUUUACUGCACUUUACCAAGAAAGUCAGCCGCUUUUCCCAUCAGUAACAGGAAGUCUGAAAGCAAGAUAAUGGCUUCUUCGUCUAGGAAUGAGCCACUUCCAUUCCAAAUCAACAAUGAUGUGGAAGAUCCAGUAGGAAAGUACACAUCAAACAAAUUCAGCCCUAAUUCUUAUGAGUCAGAAAGCAAAUGUUCCGCAGUGGCUUCAGACUCAGUCUCCAUAGCACUUGAAGCCACAGAGGGGAUGAGAAAUACGACAAACACUGGACCUGCUUCCGCUAGAAAAGGACCACUUCCAGUCAAGAGGGCUGUGUCAUGUCCUUCAGGGGUACCAUAUGCCUCACCUGGAAGAGAUGAAAGGGAAGAAGUCUUGCUCUCAGACACUGAUGCUUCCACCAGAACACUAAGUCCUUGGGAGAGACUCAUCAACCCUCUGGGACAUGACUCAUCUGUUCAGGAUUGUGCUUUAAGCCAAAGACACCACCAAAAGGAAUACUUUCAAGAAAACACUGAAAAGAAUGGUCAAAUUACUGCCUCUAGGACAGGUAUAUUUUCCCAUCCAAAUGAACGCCCUUUACCUAUUUCUUCAGAUAUGUCGGGAAAAGAAAGUAGGAAAACAUUGCACAAAUUUAAGACUACAAGUAUGUUUUCUGUUUCUGGUGAUGAAGAUAAUGUGAAAUGUCUCGAGGUGGUUUCAAUAUAUUACACUCUACCAAGGAAACACAGCAAGAAAUUCAGUGACCUUCUUCAAAAGUAUACACAAAAUAUCGAUUUACUUAUAGAGUCAACUAAAGUGGGGACUGAAACAUCUAAUGCUUUAGAAAAAGACAAACUAAAUUAUUCUCCAGAAGAGCAGUCAGGAGCACCUUCAUCUGAAGAUCUAAAGACGCUGGUCAGCUCUGCUCAGGAGAACCAUCAUUGUCUUUCUCACACCACUGAAAAUAUGACUGUUUUACAGUUACCAAGUUUGGGCCCCUCAGAACCUUCACUACAGGAAAUGGCUUCUAUUGAGGCCAAUAUUUCUCUCCAUAAAGAAGAAUCUAAAGCUAGAGAGAUUCCCCCACACAGUGUAGCUAAAACGCCUCUCUGUGAUUCACAGAGCAGGAAAGAGAAAGGGAAAAAAUUGCAAAGUGAAACCCUGCAUACUGCAUCAAUGCUUCAGGGGAAAAAAGUUACAAAAGAGAAAUCCUCAAAUUGUCAGCAGUCCAUUAAAUCAGGUCACAGUGGUUUGUCUAACCUCCCAGCCCACUCAGAAGAGAAUGUUGAAAAUUCCCAAAUCAUCAGAAGUUCUGGAGGAUUUACAGAUAGUGGUACAGCCAUCACAGCUAUCGAAAGUCCUCAGAAAGAUACCACAGGCAUCGCUAUAGAUGAGAGCUCCGAUGGAUUGCAGCCUAGGGCGGUCAGAGGGGAAAUUAGCACAGAUUUCUCCCCAGAAACUGAUAAACCACUUUCUGACUCAGAAAGUCAAGUCUUUGCUCUUACUCCAGCUUUUCAUAAACUACAGCUUGACAAAGAGACUUAUUCAGGAGAACAAGAUUUAGACAGUAGUUUGCAGUCUGAACCCAGAGAACUACCUGAAAGAAGUCAGGAGGUAAAUGUGGCAGAGAGCAAGGCUAAAGAUGAAAUGCAGAAGUUGGUGUGGGAUCAACCUGCACUUCCUGGAGGAAGUAAUAAAAAUAAAACCAGCUUGGAUAACCUAGAAAAGGGGAAAAACAAACCUUCAGUUAAACACAGAUUGGCAGCCAUGUCUAAAGCAAGCAGAAAAUUUCCAUCUAAAGAUUUAAGCCCCAGAAGACAUGUAGCUACUAUCUUUCCCCAACAUGGGGAGAGUUCUGGCUUCAGCACUUUACCUCUUGGCACACCAGAGUGCAAACCACUGUCCCCUGAGCCUGCUUUAAAGUCCACAGAAUCCGCAGGUGAAAGCAGGCUGAGUAAUGAUGAAAUGAAUGUGGAGAAAUCUGAGAACCCUCUCCACGUUACUGCAGCAUCCAACAGAGAAUCUUCUACACACUUAAGCAAUCAGAAGUCUAACAGCAUUUCACAGCCACAUCAGAAUGAGUUUCAAAAUAUCUCAGGAUCACAAGCGAUGUAUGACAAUUCUAAAGUAUCAGUACCUCAGAUUUUGGAAAGGAAGUCAGGAACCUUGGUCCAGCCCACACUGAUCAGCCUCAGGGAAGCAGACUUCCCUGACCAGCGGAGGAGGCUAGACUCUCCUUUUCAGUUGGAGCCUGAAGAGAAAUCUGCAGUAAGCAUCCCACUGACCAGUUGUCAGCAACAACAAAGAAGUGCUGCAUCUCUGGAGUGGAAACCUGAGCCACACUCCUAUCGUUCAAAGAGUUUAAAAAGCAUCAACAUGCACGGUGAUCUGUUACGCAAAAGUCAUCCUGCAAAAGUCAGGGAGCGCCAUUUUUCUGAAAACACUUCUAUUGACGAUGCCCUGAGUCGACUGACCCUUGGAAAUGAAUUGUCUAACAACAGUGAGUACAAUCGAAGAUUCAAAUCCUUUUCUGAACUCACCUCCUGUGAUGAAAAUGAAAGUUGGGCUUUGUACAGAGACAGGACAAAAAUGGGUCGCAGGUCUGCAACAUCUAUAUCAAGACCUAUGGACUAUGGGAUUUUUGGGAAAGAACAGCAACUGGCUUUCUUGGAAAAUGUAAAGAGGUCACUCACACAGGGGAGAUUAUGGAAACCAAGUUUUCUUAAGAACCCUGGCUUCCUGAAAGAUGAUAUAAUUAGCCCCCCUAACCCAACAGAGUCAUCGAGUUCAAAUCCUCCUAGUGAUCAGAUGCCAGGAGAUGGCUUCUCUCUAAGUGCGCCACUAAAUAUCUAUGUAGAGGAUCCAGUAGACUCAGAUUGUGACACAGACACAACCACAGAUGACGAAUACUACCUGGAUGAAAAUGACAAAGAGUCAGAGCUGUGAUACUUUUUCAAUGAAAUGUAUGACUUUUUAACCAAGAGUUUAUAAUAAAAGUAACGUGUAAAUAAAUAUAUAUGUCUAUGGAAA